UAAUUUGACUUGCCAGCGUUCAUAUAUGUGUUUGCUUGCCGAAAAUCUUCAGGACAUCACAGUUUUUGUAAAUUCUGGUUGUGACAGUGAAAAUUUUAAAAUUGUAGAGCACCUCGAAAUUUCAGGUGUGAUUUUGCCAUCUGUGUUUAUACGUUUAUAAAGAAUCAGAAUAUCACAUUUCAAUUACAAAUGGAGGCAACCACGGAAGCUUUAUAGAUUACGAUUGACAGGCAAAACAUGAAGUGCUGAAUCACGGGUGCAACACUGCCAUACAUAUUAAGCUGAUACGUCCGUCUGAUAAUGCUUAAUAUUACGUCUCACGACAGCCUAUUGUACGAAUUCCUUAAACAACCUAGUACAUACUGUUCUGGGGAAAUUCAUGUCGUUACACCUAAAGGAUCGCUAAAAUUUCAAAUCAUUUUGACAUGUGAGCGUAAAAUCAAAAUUUCACAGACUAUACACAAACGUGCCUUUAACAAAACAAGAAAGAUUUACGUAAUACCGAAAUGAAAUUCAUUCAGUAGUUGACUGUAUGCCGGCUGUGAAUGCGUAGUCAUUUGGAACUUUGUUAGAAAAACCCAAUUAAAGAAAAUCGCCGUUCAGUAGUAUUUACAGGUAGAAUUUGCAGUACAAAUGAAAUGUGAUUCAUGUGUGGAGAAAAUAAGGAAAUGCUUGACCAAUGUUGAUGGUAUUUCUAAGUUUGAUGUGUCAUUAAAGGAUGAGUCUGUUGUUUUGGAAACAACCUUGCCAACCUCAGAGAUUUUAGAAAAACUUGAAUCAACUGGCUGUAGAGCUGUCCUGAAGGGUUAUGGUGGUGGUGUAUGUAAAACUGCAGCUGUUGCAAUGGUUGGAAAUGACUGUGGGCGGGCAGAUGGUCAUAUAAAGGGUGUUAUCAGAUUUCUACAACUUGACAAUGAUACUUGCGUAAUUGAUGGUACUAUAGAUGGAUUGGAACCAGGAAAACAUGGCAUUCAUGUAUAUGAAUGUGGUGAUAUUUCUGAUGGUUGUGAAAGCUUGGGUAGGCACUAUAACCCACAGAAUACAACCCAUGGUGGUCCACUUGACAAUGCAGGAUGUAGACAUGCUGGUGACCUAGGGAAUAUCAGUGCCAACAGUGAAGGCCGUGCUGUGUUUCGUUUCACUGACUCUGUACUUAAAGUGUCUGAUGUAAUUGGCCGAUCUGUUGCUGUUACCGACUGUGAAGAUGAUCUUGGAAGAGGAAAUAAUGCAGGCUCAUUAGAAGAUGGCAACGCGGGAAAAAAGAUUGCAUGUGGAAUUAUUGCUCGUUCUGCUGGCCUGUUUGAAAAUACAAAACGUAUUUGUGCUUGUGAUGGUGUAACUCUCUGGGAUGAGAGGGAUGUACCUCUGGCUGGACCUGGUCGCCGUACUGCUAAAGUUUAAGCUGUUCACAUGUUUUAUGUGCAUCUGUAUAAAUUUUGUAAAUAAUGGUUUUCUUGUGCAUUUAAAAUAAAUUUGUUAAUUUCUCUCUGA